CAUGUGACCCAUCAGUACUAAUUGACAGUCACUCCUCUCAUUGCUGUCACUGCUCGCGCACUGCGGCCGCGAGACUGGAAACCAACACGAACGAAAGAGAGAGAGAGACACCCGAGAUACUGAAGAGUCCAGUUUCCACCAAAAAGUCAAGCUCAGAAGCCGAAUAUCACAAGUUACCCAUCAAAUAAGAGAGUAUAACGGUUGAAUGAUGAAUCAGAUUGAGCUUUCAGUGCCAUAUGAUAAUGGAUAUGAACCGGACGAGUACAUGAUGCAGGAGGAUGAAUGGGACCGGGAUUUACUGCUGGACCCAGCAUGGGAAAAACAGCAACGAAAGACGUUCACGGCCUGGUGUAACUCUCACCUGAGAAAAGCUGGGACACAGAUUGAGAACAUAGAGGAAGACUUCAGGAAUGGCCUCAAACUAAUGUUGCUGCUUGAAGUCAUCUCAGGUGAGAGGUUACCCAAACCUGACAGAGGAAAGAUGCGUUUUCACAAGAUAGCCAAUGUCAACAAAGCCCUUGAUUUCAUCACCAGUAAAGGUGUGAAACUGGUCUCCAUUGGAGCUGAAGAAAUUGUGGAUGGGAAUGUGAAAAUGACUCUUGGAAUGAUUUGGACAAUCAUCCUUCGCUUUGCCAUUCAGGACAUAUCUGUUGAAGAAACUUCAGCCAAAGAAGGACUUCUUCUGUGGUGCCAGAGGAAGACUGCCCCCUACAGGAAUGUCAAUGUUCAAAACUUUCAUGUCAGCUGGAAGGAUGGAUUGGCGCUGUGCGCUCUCAUCCACAGGCACAGGCCUGACCUCAUUGACUACGCCAAGCUCAACAAGGAUGAUCCACUUGGUAAUCUGAACCUAGCAUUUGAUAUUGCUGAAAAACAUCUGGACAUCCCGAAAAUGCUGGAUGCAGAGGACAUCCUGAGCACCCCUAAGCCUGAUGAGAGAGCUAUUAUGACAUAUGUGUCCUGCUUUUACCAUGCAUUUGCUGGAGCUGAACAGGCUGAAACUGCUGCUAACAGGAUUUGUAAGGUCCUGGGAGUGAAUCAGGAAAAUGAGAAGUUGAUGGAGGACUAUGAAAGACUGGCUAGUGAGCUGUUGGAGUGGAUCAGACGAACUAUUCCCUGGCUGGAGAAUCGUGUGGCGGAGAAGACCAUGGUCGAGAUGCAGCGGAAGCUGGAGGAUUUCCGAGAUUACCGCAGGAUGCACAAACCUCCCAAAGUGCAGGAGAAGUGUCAGCUGGAGAUCAGCUUCAACACCCUGCAGACUAAACUCCGCAUCAGCAACCGGCCUGCGUUUAUGCCCUCUGAGGGCAAGAUGGUGUCGGACAUAGCGAGUGCGUGGCAGGGACUGGAACAAGCAGAGAAGGGCUAUGAGGAAUGGUUGCUUACUGAGAUUAGGAGACUGGAAAGAUUGGAUCAUCUAGCAGAGAAAUUUAGACAGAAAGCUACAAACCAUGAGACCUGGGCUACAGGUAAGGAGGAGAUGUUGAGCCGGAAGGACUACGAGUCAGCAUCUUUAAUGGAAGUUCGAGCUUUGCUGCGGAAACACGAGGCAUUUGAGAGUGACCUUUCCGCCCACCAAGACAGAGUCGAGCAAAUCGCUGCUAUUGCUCAGGAGCUCAAUGAGCUGGACUAUCAUGAUGUUGCAUCAGUGAAUCAAAGGUGUCAAAGUAUUUGUGACCUCUGGGACCAAUUGGGCACACUCACCCAGAAACGCAGAGAGGCUUUGGAGAGGACAGAGAAACUUUUGGAGACAGUGGAGCAGUUGUUUCUGGAAUACGCAAAGAGAUCUGCACCCUUUAAUAACUGGAUGGAAGGAGCCAUGGAAGACUUACAGGACAUGUUUAUAGUGCACACCAUUGAAGAGGUCCAGACUCUGAUAGCUGCGCACGAGCAGUUUAAGGCCACGCUUCCUGAGGCGGAUGCAGAGAGGCAGGCGAUCCUUGGCAUUCAGCAGGAAGUCCUGAAGAUCUCCCAGAAUUAUGGCAUCCGUGGAGACCUUACCAAUCCCUACAGCACCAUAACUACAGAAGAGAUUGCCAUCAAGUGGGACAAGGUGAAGAGGCUGGUUCCCCAGCGUGACAGUGCACUGCAGGAGGAGUUAGCACGGCAGCAUGCUAAUGAAAGGCUCAGACGCCAGUUUGCUGCCCAAGCCAACCUCAUCGGACCAUGGAUACAGACCAGGAUGGAGGAAAUUGGUCGUUGUUCUAUGGAGAUGGGUGGGACUUUGGAGGAUCAGAUGACCCAACUGAAACAGUAUGAGCAUGUGAUCGUCAGCUACAAACCCAACAUAGACAGAUUGGAGGGAGACCACCAACUCAUCCAGGAGUCACUUAUCUUUGACAACAAGCAUACUAAUUACACUAUGGAGCAUAUUCGUGUUGGCUGGGAGCUCCUUUUGACUACGAUCGCUCGCACUAUUAAUGAAAUCGAGACUCAGAUUCUGACACGUGAUGCAAAAGGCAUCAGCCAGGAGCAGAUGCAUGAAUUCCGAUCCUCUUUCAACCACUUUGAUCGGAGGCUUCACAAGGCAAGAGUGGAAGAGAGGGGUAAACUCAGGCCUGAUGAGUUUAAAGCAUGUCUGAUCAGUCUUGGGCAUUUAGGAAAUGACAAACAGAAGAAGAAUGGGGCGAUGGAUUCUGAUGACUUUAGGGCCUGUCUGAUCUCGAUGGGUUAUGAUCUGGGUGAGGUGGAGUUUGCUCGGAUCAUGAUGCUGGUUGAUCCAAGCGCUUCAGGCGUUGUGUCGUUCCAGUCCUUCAUUGACUUCAUGACCAGAGAGACAGCAGACACAGACACAGCUGAACAGGUCAUCGCUUCCUUCAGGAUUCUUGCUGCAGACAAGCCGUAUAUUCUGGCAGAUGAGUUGAGGAGAGAACUCCCUCCAGACCAGGCAGAGUACUGCAUCAGCAGGAUGCCCCCAUACUCUGGCCCUGGUGCCCUGCCUGGAGCUCUGGACUACACUGCCUUCUCCACUGCCCUCUACGGAGAGAGUGACCUUUAGUUCCAUCAACACCUAUGACCUUUACAAUCCCAUCUCACUUGUUAACCAAAUAAAUUCUUUAAAGAUACACAGUCCCAUGAAAUGAAAACAUGGCAAAUAAACAAAAUGAGCCCAAAUUCAGUUUUUAAUCUCAGUUGAUGUAUUUUGCUAGACAGUUGAUAUAAAAUGUCAAUGCUCAAUGCAUAUGAAUUGCAGUCUGAAAAUGAAAAGAAAUCAAUGAAGGAAGCUGAAAGAAAGCAAUGAAGAGGUUAUUUUUCUGUGACAAGCCAAGCAAAAAAAUGUUUUGAAUUUUAUAUUUACUAUGUUCUGAAUCCCAUAAUUCAUUGAAUCUAAGAAAACUAUUUUACUCUCUUUCAUGUAAUCUAUUAUAAUACAGAAAACAUUCACAUGCAUGUCACUUAUAUUACAGCAAAAAACAGUAGGUAUACUGAAACUAAAUAAGAUUGAUGUUGUUUAAAUACAUUUUAGGUUUUAUGCAUUUUACUCUGAUUUCUUUUAAUUCCAUCUUUUCCCCCAGAAUGAAAUCUAUUUUGUGUGGUAGUGUUACACCUACAUUAUGAAAGAUUUUGCACAUUUGAAUUAUCCCUGAAUUGAGAAAGUUUCACUCAGCCACCAUGCUUUCUAAUUUUUUCCUCUGGUAGUAUGUGAAAAAAAGCAAUAUGAAUAGUGGCUCAACUUAAUUUUUCCACAAUGUAAUUAUCACUUGAAACUUUUCACUAACAGUGCCUACUUUCAUAUACGGUAUGGUAAUAGUUUAUAUGAAGUAAUAGGAGGUGACCUUUGUCAUUCUCAGUUGUGAAUCAGAUAGAUAACAGCAUCAGCUACUGAUUUGGUUUUACAUGAAAUUUCGAAUAUUGCGGAUCCUUGAACGUUUUUAUCAAUUUGGUGAUUGCAUAAAGCGUAAAAGUGUCAAUUUACUACAGGGCUUGUCAAAUAAGGAUAGCAAAACCAGAGAUUAUGAUAAAAUACUAAAUUUACAGGAAAAAAGUAUGUGAACUCUUAGGAACAAUAGACAAACACAGUCUGCUUAAUACAUAAACAAUUGUUGUUGUUGUUGUUUUUCUGUAUUGAACACAACAUUUAAACUUUCGCAGUUAAGAUUGGAAAAGUAGGUGAAUCCCUAGGCUUUUUCCUGCAACUAUAAUUAGGAAAAGUAAUCUGGGAUGGAUUGUCAUUUCAAAAUGUUUUAUUGUAUUGCCAUGAUUCAUGAAUGCAGCAAAUUCCUAAAGGUCACACUAGUUCAAUGUAUGGUGACUGUGUACUUGAUUGAUUUGUGCUCAGUUUGUUAACUGUCAAAUCAGUUUUAACAAUGAAAGUGAUUUGUGAAUGCUUGGUGUUGAAUUAUAUGAUCAAGAAAGCCAAAUUUGUGUGUUUUAGAGUGACAUAAAUUAAAUAAACCGUACUUAUGAAAAUA